GUAACUGCUGUUAAUUAUCUUGCAGAACAGCUUACAGAUAACAGAGGUUGAAUAAGGAAUGAGUAAUGAAAGUGUAUCCUUAGGGACCGAGUUUUUUAUCACUGAUGUUUUUUAUUACUGACUUCAUGAUGAAAAUAAUCGAUUAUUUCAAAACUAUGUGAAGCAACACUUCCUGGAUUUCAAAAGACAUCAUUUCAUCAUGGGACAACAGAUUUCGGAUCAGACGCAGUUGGUUCUUAACAAGUUACCAGAAAAAGUAGCAAAACAUGUCACAUUGGUUCGAGAAAGUGGCUCCUUAACUUACGAAGAAUUUCUUGGGAGAGUAGCUGAACUUAAUGAUGUAACUGCUAAAGUGGCUUCUGGUCAGGAAAAACAUCUUCUCUUUGAGGUACAACCUGGGUCUGAUUCCUCUGCCUUUUGGAAAGUGGUUGUACGGGUGGUCUGUACCAAGAUUAACAAAAGCCGUGGCAUUGUAGAAGCAUCACGGAUCAUGAAUUUGUACCAGUUUAUUCAGCUUUAUAAAGACAUCACAAGUCAAGCAGCAGAAGUGUUGGCACAGAGCUCCACCUCUGAAGCCCCUGACGAAAACUCGUCAUCUGUAACAUCUUGUCAAGCUAGUCUUUGGAUGGGAAGGGUGAAGCAGCUGACUGAUGAAGAGGAGUGUUGUAUCUGCAUGGAUGGUCGAGUUGACCUCAUCCUGCCUUGUACUCACAGCUUUUGUCAGAAGUGCAUUGAUAAAUGGAGUGAUCGACACAGGAAUUGCCCUAUUUGUCGCCUGCAGAUGACUGGAGCAAAUGAAUCUUGGGUGGUGUCAGAUGCGCCCACUGAAGAUGAUAUGGCUAACUAUAUUCUUAACAUGGCUGAUGAGGCAGGCCAGCCCCACAGACCAUGACCUUGAGUGAAGUAUUUUGUUGCUAUUGUGGGCUACAAACAUGUGGGUCAUGGGGAAAGAAUGCAGGCACCGAGAACUCACUUUCCCCCACCCUCUUAUUUUCGCUUUCCUGACAAUUUGUCCCAUUUCUUUUAAUUAACUUUUCAUGUCUUCCAUUUAUGGUAAAUUAAAACUUGCUACUGUUCUAGACCAUUAUUUUCCUAUUAUUUAUCUGUUCUAAUAUAGCUUAUUAGAACUAAUUGCUCUUGAAUCCUUUGCUGCAGUGACAGCAACAUUUCCAGAGGCUUCUGAAACACUACUAUUUUUCAGGGUAGGAGCAUUCUGGAAUAACCAUAAACCCUGGCCAGAGUGGCCCAGUGGUUAGAGUGUCCCGUGCACCAAAGGGUCUCAGGUUUGAUUCCCAGUCAGGGCACAUACCCAGGUUUCGGGUUUGAUCCUCAGUCAGGGCACAUAUGGGAGGCAACCAAUCGAUGUUUCUCACAUCGAUGUUUAUCUAUCUCCCUCUCCCCUUUCUCUCUCUCUCUCUUGAAUCAAUGAAAAAUGUAUCCUCGCGUGAGGAUUAAAUAAAUAAAUAAAUAAGUAAAUAAAAUAAACCAUGAAUGUUAAAAAGUUGUAGCCAUCUGAGAGAAAAUUUUAUAUGACUGAAAAUGUAGAAUACGUCAAAGUGCAUGUUACUACUUAAAUUAGUUUUUCUGCUGGAAUCUAAGGAGUAUGUAUGCCCCCUUGUGGUUAAUUAUUGCUCCUUUAAUAAUUAUUACUUGAAAUGAUCCACAGUUAUUUCAUAACUUUAGCUGUGUGUUUAAAACUACAUAUUUUUUAUUUAAAAGCCUUUUUUUCUCCCUCAUACUGUAUAAUUUGGGUGAAGACUAAAAGUUGGGUGUGAUUUUGCCUUAUAAAUGAAUUUCUGCUGGGGAAUCUUCUAGAAAUGCUUUUCCACAGCUGGGGAACUGUUCUAAAUAGCUUUUGAUAAAGUUCAUGCGUCUUGGAGUUUCAGAAGGAAAUUUUUAUCACAGAUCCUAAAUGGUAUAUGUCCAAAUUAUGGUGAAUCAUUCAAUAUUAGUUUAUGGUGCUUUUAUUUUAACUUGAAAGUAUCUUACUGAGGCCAAGUCCUCAGACUUCUUAGAUUAAGAAAGAAGAAAAUAGGAUAAAGCCUUUAACCAUAAGUACAUAAAACACCUCUGAAAAUUAGGAGAUAAUUUGGUUUUCUUGUGGUUCAUUCCACUUCCUUUCAAAUACUUUGAAGGAAUUAUGUUCAGUGGCAUGUCAACCAUUUUUUAAAAUUUUACUUAAAAAGUAAAUUUUUGUUUUAUGUUAAACAUUAUGAUGUCAGCAUAUAAUAAAAUUAGGGCCUGAUGUCUUCUUUUAAAAGAAUGUUAACAUUCCAUGUAACUUUUCUGACCUGUUAGUAAGUUACAAAUAUAUUCGGAAGUACCAAAGUAUACAAUUUAAGUUGCUUCAUAUUGAUGGCAAAAUUUUUAGAUACUAGGAUUUUUCAUAGGCAUGCAAAUUAAAAAAUUCAUUUCUAAGCAAAAUGUCUAACCAAAUAUGGCUUGAUUUUUACCCCCAAAAUACUGAUAAUGAAUUGGUUGAUAUUCAUGAUGGGGGCAGAUCAGUACCAAACAGCUAAACACUCACUGGAUGUUUAUGCAGAGUACCGAGGGCUCUAUCACAUCAACCUGGCGAUGCCUUUUAUGGUCAUGUGACCUUGGGAAAGUCCCUUCGUCUGGUUUGUAGGCUCAUACUUUAGAAACAGACUUUAUUUUUGGUUUUCACACUUUUAUUUCAGCAGUAAAAUCUUUUUUUUCCAAGUAAAAUCUUACUCAGAACCCCUAGCUACAUGUGCUGCAUGUGCAUGCAUGCACACACACCCCCUACACCACUUUAUAAAUCUUAUUUUAUUAAUAUAAAUUUCUUUAUGUAAACUUCAAUUACUAUAAUACUAAAUAUUAUAAAGCCAAUCAAUGAAAACAUGUAUUAAUGCAUUGGUGAUAUCCAAUGUAUUAGAAUUUUGGUGAGUAACAGAGUUAGUUAUAUGAUGGAACUUGUUUUUUAAAGUAAUUUUUUACCAAAAUAAAUUUUUUUAAAUUAAAUUCAGGUCAAAUUUGCAAAACCCUGACUCUUCUCCAUGAUCAUUAGUAUUCUAUGGAACAUAUUUUGAAAACCUUGGGAUAGAUGAUCCCCUAAUAUCUUUUUCAGCUCUAAGAUUUUAAAUCCUAUGGAUUAGACUUACUGAGUCCAGAUCAGAUUGCCUAAUUUAAGAAUGUUUCUGAAAAUGAGCAAAGUUGCUUUACAGAUUUCUGGAUCUUUCCCAGGUAUAGCCAGUGAUUUUAUCCCUCCGAAUCCUUCACCUUUCAAGGAAUUAUCUAACACUGAGAACAGAAACUUGAUAUUGCCCAAACCUUUUUACUUUUCAGUAUGAGCUCCAAGACACUAACUGAUCUACUGUGAAACAAAAUGUUUUUAUUAGCCUUAUCUAAUAAAUGAGCACUUUUUGCUCACUUCAUUAAACUGGGUGAUAAUUCUUUAGAUGUGAAUAUUAGGUAUGUUAUAAUAACUAAUCAUAAAAAGUUGUAAAUGUGUUAAUGGAUGAAAUGUACUUUUUGUAUUCUGUACAGCUUUGUCUUUUUUAAUUAUGAAGUACUUAAAUGCACUUACUAUGAUAGGAAGUAUAAUGUGUGCCUUCUAGGAUUUGUGAAAUGGUUUCAUGAACUCUAAGGAAUUUAUUUUAUUUUAUGUUGUAAAGUUUUCCCUAUCCUAACUCAAUAACAAAGGGUUGACUCAUAUUACAGUGCUAUAAAAUUUUAGUUUAAGAAAAUAGAUUUGACUACUGAAUUUAGAAGUGGAGAAUAAUAGUAUCUGUUUUAUUUUAGGAUAAACUGAUAUAUUGUGCAAUAAAUAAUCUUUAACAAGUAAAUUUUAGUUCAUUGAAGAGGUUUUUUCUUAUCAUGUAGUUUCACAUUCUCAUGUGCCAAAUGCUUAUAUUCCUUAAAGGACUAUUUUGUGUUGUGCUCUGGGGGGUUGUGAUGUUUGUGUACUAUGUGUUAAAAUUCAUUUCAAAUUGGACUCAAUUUUCUUAUACCUAAUAUAUAUCUGAGUAAUAAGGCUUCUUGAAAGUACCUUUUGGUUCAGUGAUUUUUAACAAUGGUAAGUUGGAUUUAUUAAAAGGAAGUCUGAAGAAUUUGCAUUUUACUGGUUUCUUCUUCAUUAAAUCAGGCUUAUCCAGGAAUAAGAAAACUACUUGGAGGUUAGGGAAAUCAGCUGAUCACCCAUAUUUAUGCUGGACAACACAAUGACACUAUAACAAACAGUUUACAGCAGACUUUCAUUUUUCUUUCUUAUCUUUUAAAAAUAAUUGAUAAAAUAUUCCAUCCUAUGACAGUUUUUUAAAAUAUUUUUAUUUUUUAUUGAUUUCAGAGAGGAAGGGAGAGGGAGAGAGAGAUAGAAACAUUAAUGAUGAGAGAGAAUAAUCAAUUGGCUGCCUCCUGCACACCCUACACGGGAUCGAACCUGCAACCCAGGCAUGUGCCCUGACCGGGAAUCAAACCGUGACCUCCUGGUUCAUAGGUCGACGCUCAACCACUGAGCGACACCGGCAGGACCUUAUAACAGUUUUGAUCUUUACCUUGUAAAAUCAUUUCUAAGAUAAAAUUAAUGUAAUUAGAGAAGCAUAGUAGAAUUUUAGUGCUGAGAAGUGAAAAGCCAUUUAUAAGGAGUGGUAGUUUAUAAUUAAAUUUACUAAUAUAUGUCAUCAUGGAGAACACAUUUUGGUCUCAAAAGACAUAAAAGCCUCCAGCUAUAUUUUAAUCUUGCAGCUGUGUAUAGUCUUACUCUCCGGCACCCUCUGUCUUUCUGUUAAGAUAUUUAUUUAGAGGUUGAGGGUGUGAAAAUUCCUGAGGAACUAUAUCUGUCUGAUUAGUGUUCCUUUUAUUGUAGUUAGUUACACUUGUUCUUUAUAAUAGUCAUUGUUCAGGUAUAGAAUACGUAGGUAUAUUAUCAACAUAGCUCUUUCAGCUGUGCCUAAAAAUCCAGAAAAAGAUGAAUAUUGUUUCACCUACACAGCACUCAGAAACAAGUAAAGUGAAAAGCCAGAGGGGUGGUUUGCGAUUCUGCUUUAAUCCAGGAUAUGAGGAAGUGAAGGCCCAGGACAGGCCUUGGUAAAUACCAACCUAGAAGUUGUGAUUUGUUUUCAUGAGACAAAAAGCAAUGACACUGAUAAUUUCAGCAAUGCAGUUUGAAGUAACACAUAAUGUGAAGUUGAGCCUUUUAGAGUAAGGGAUAACAUACUCACAAACUGUUGUUUUAGAAACAUGGGAUAGUACACAAUUACCUUUGAUUCCAGCUGUGAACGUGAAAGUAGGAUUCCCCCUCCCCC